AUGGAGCGCGCUGUGACCUUUCAGCGUUCUACGCAGCAUGUCGCGGCCUUGCACGAGAUGCUGGUUCAGGCUGUGCAGCCAGGCGUCCGAGGCAGAUGGCAGCCGAACCCAAUGGCUGACUGGUGCGAUGCUUGGUCGAACCUCAGUAGCUGUUUAUAUAUGGCCGAAGGGAGGGCAGCACAUGCGGAGGAGCAGCAAGCCCUUGAAGCAUUGCUGUGCUUUCAUGCGCUGUUGCUGCAUGCAACGCAUUGGACGAACGCAGGAAAGACUGCUGAGGAGGCGGUCACGUUGCAUUGCCAGAUUCCUGCUGGAGACAAUGGUCGCUACCAACAGUAUGAGCAAGAAGUUCGAGGAUAUCACUGUGAUGAGUUCUCAGCAGCCAUCACGGACGCUGGCAAUCUGCUAGCGGCGCUGCAGGGGACGGCUGGGUUUGAGAUAGAGAUCCGCUGGCUGCUCCAGGUGAUCGACGAGCUGUCCACCACUCAGCAGAGUAUGGUGCAUGGAUUGGCUCUCCCCAAAGGAGGUAGUCCGCGGCAUUUUGCUUUGGUUCCCUAUAGCUGCUGCUGGUCGCCGCUGGUUCUGCGCUGUCUUCCGCACAUGGAGCCGGAAAAGACGUGUAAGUUGUGUAGCCUCAAGUAUCCCGUGGCUGAGGGCCGCGUGCAUGGCCGCUUCUUCACGUGCAUCACGUGUGCUUCGGCAGACCGUGCUCUCCGACGAAACUUGGGGAGUCAAGGCAGCGGUCUGGACUCUUUUUCGACGGACGAGUCUUGCAGAUUCUUCCGUAGUGUCCAUCGGAAGAAGCAAGAGAACCUGGGAGGGCGCCUUCUCUGGACCACACUUCGAGCAACGCUCGUGACGAGUUUGACCGAGCGCCGCAUGCAUACUCACAAGACAACGCUGCGAGGCAAGCAGUUGCCGCUCAGCGUGUGGAUCCAGCAAGGGUGGCCCCGAGAGGUUGUGGAGGCGCAACCGAAUGAGUGGUCAGAAGCAUACCAAUGCCAAGUCUAUUGCGUUAAUGUCAAGGAGCUGAGCUGGCAGGAAGAGUUCAACCGCAUCGAGCAACAGAUCCUGCAGCAUGAGCAGGAAAUCACACAGAACCGGAAGGGCAAGAAGAAGAAAGCCGAGGAUGGUAAUGACGCAGAAGAAAAUGCUUCUGACCAAGGAGAAAUGGAUUUGCCAGCGACGGAGGCCGAGAAGAAAUCAAAGGAGAAGAAUCCUGAGGCUGCUGCCAAGAAGGAGCGAGCCAAGAAUGUGGGCAUUGCUAACCGUGCUGCCAAAGCCGUGGGUCCACUGCAGCAAGCACUGACGACGUUGUCUCAGCUGGAGCAGCGCUUGGCUAAGAGCAAUGUGACCGUGGAAGCGGAUUUAGCCGCGACGUGUCGCAAUGUAGUUGGCCAAUUGAGUGGUUGGACCGAGGCUGCGCGGUCUCGUGUCGCGGCCUCUGCCGGUCUGAUGGACAAGGGGGGGGACUGCGCUGUGCAGCUCGAAGCUUUGCCGUUUGAGGCUGCAGAUCAGAAAACGAUUCUGCAGCAAGCGGCUGAAGUGGCGAAAGGCCUGCGUGCCCUGCUGCCCAAGCCAAAGGCGAAGGCCAAAGCAGAGAGCCGUUCACCUGGGAGACAAGCCGGACAGGGGUCAGAGGCAAGCUUGGCAGAAGUGCAGCACUCACCGGGAGCCAGUUUGAAGCGGCCUGCGGCAGCUAAGGCUGAUUCUGCCCCGAAGCGCCGUCGCUCAAAGUGCCCUUAG